UUCUGCAAUUCUGAAUUUCUGGGGCAAAACAGCCUCCAAAAUCACAGAAAGAACAUUACAUAUUACAGAAAAAUAAGCCAAAAAAAGAGGGAAAAUAGAGAAUUAAAUGUGAUCUGAUUUAUAUAUGAUUGCAUAGGUGGGGGUGUUACUGCAGAUAUCUUGUUUGCAAGUCCAAAAAGAAAACAAAAGGGCAAAAUUUGCAUUCUCCAUAAAGAUUCCUCAGCUCAAUCUCUUAAAUCAUCGAUCGUGACUAUAUUGAAGAUUUCGAGACCAAAUUGCACUCCCCUUUUCCCAAAAAUUACACCUUUUUGCCAUCUGUUUCUGCCUACUCCCUUCCAUAAAUGCCCUCCCUAAAACCCUGCAAACGAUUCUUUCUUCACUCACUCCCUUCUCUGUUUUCUAUAACACCGGCGAAAAAACCACACUGUUUCCGUCACUUUCCCGAGAAAGUUCCGAAUUUUACCAGAAAGUUAAAAUUUUUCCUUCCUUAAUGGAGGAAAAUGAGCCUUUGCCUGAGCAUCUUCGCUGUAAACGGACCGAUGGGCGGCAAUGGCGGUGCAGUAGGAGAGUCAUGGACGACAAGAAGCUCUGUGAAAUUCACCAUCUCCAGGGACGCCAUAGACAGUACAAGAGGAAAGUACCCGAGUCACUUAAAUUGCAAAGAAAGUACCAGAAGAAAUCGACUGCCAAUGCAGAUUCACUGCCUCACAAUGUCGAAAUUAGGGCACCGAAAGAGGAAAGGUUGUCACGGUUGGUGAAAUUGGGGAAGCCUAUUAAGAGAAAGAAAUUGAUCGGCGAAUCUGAAGCGCUUGGUGACGCUGUGAAGAAGAUGAGGCUAAAGAGAGGGGAUUUGCAGCUGGAGCUAAUAAGAAUGGUGUUGAGAAGGGAAGUAGAGAAGAGAAAGAAAAAGAAGAAGAAGAAGAAGAAAGUCGUGGUUGAUGAGAUUAAUAGUGAUAAUGAUAGCGAUAUUGAUAGCAGUAAUAGCGAGGGAGACUUAAUGAGAGAUUUGCCUAAUGGAUUAAUGGCAAUAUCUCCUGCUAAACAUUUUUCCAAUGCGGCUGCGGCUGCUGCUGCUGCUUCUUCUUCUAUGCCAUGUGAUAUCAAAAUUGGAGCAGCUGAUUUCAGUGCGGUUACUAGAAGAUGUUUUCGGUCUAAAAACAUUGAGCCAAUGCCAAUUGGUACAUUGCAGGUUGUACCUUUCAAGAAGGAUAUGUUGAGAUUGAGGAGGGGAAAGAGGAAAAAAUGCCAUUUGUGCAGGAGAAGUGGAUUGAAGACGCUAAUAAGGUGUUCGAGUUGUAGAAAACAAUUAUAUUGCAUGGAUUGCAUCAAAGACCAGUAUUCUGAUAUGCAAGAAGAAGUUAAGAUAGCUUGUCCAGUUUGUCUUGGAACUUGUUGCUGUAAGGCAUGCUCUGCAAUUCAAUGUAGGGACAUUGAAUGUAAGGACUCCUCCAAGGACAAGAGUAAAGUCAACAAAGUUUUACAUUUUCAUUAUUUGAUCUGUAUGCUUCUUCCUGUACUGAAACAACUAAAUCAAGAUCAAAGCAUUGAGCUAGAAAUAGAGGCAAAAAUAAAAGGCCAGAAACCUGCAGAUGUUCAAAUCCAGCAGGCGUCAGUCAGCUGCAAUAAGAAGUGUUGCAAUAAUUGCAAGAGUGCCAUUGUGGAUUUCCAUAGAAGCUGCCCAAGUUGUUCCUAUAACCUUUGCUUAAGUUGUUGUCAAGAUAUUUUUCAAGGGAGCUUACCUGGAAGUGUUAAAACCCACAAGUGCAAAUGCCCUGGCAGAAGGAAAGCCAGUAUAUUUGGAAAGCAACCCUCAGAAAUGAAAUCAACAUGCAUCUCUAAGUGGAAUUAUGGCAAUAAAUAUUUAGAUUCUUCUAUGUUAUUGCCCAGUUGGAAAGUUCCUGAUGGUAGUGGUAUACCUUGUCCCCCCACAGAGUUUGGUGGCUGUGGUGAUAGUCUCCUUGACUUAAGUUGUGUUUUCCCCUCAAGUUGGACCAAAGAACUGGAAAUAAGUGCGGAGGAAAUUAUUGGUUGGUAUGAGUUGCCAGAAACCUUGGACGUUUUCUCGCGCUGCUCAUUAUGUUUUGGGAUGGACUGUGAAGUUAAUGGGAUUAUGCAGUUGCAAGAAGCAGCUACAAGAGAAAAUUCUAAUGAUAACUUUCUGUAUUAUCCUACUGUUAUGGACCUCCAUAGUGAUAACCUUGAACAUUUUCAGAAGCACUGGGGUAAAGGUCAACCUGUAAUAGUUCGUAAUGUUCUUCCGGAUACAUCUGAUCUUAGUUGGGACCCAAUAGUCAUGUUCUGCACCUAUCUUAAAAAUAAUGCUGCCAAAUCUGAGAAUGAGCAGGCUGCUGAUUGCUUGGACUGGUUUGAGGUAGAAAUUGGUAUCAAGCAAUUGUUCAUGGGGCCUUUUAAGGGUCCAACACAUACCAACCUGUGGCAUGAAAAACUAAAAUUGAAGGGCUGGCUUUCUUCUCAUUUAUUUCAAGAACAUUUUCCAGCUCAUUAUGCUGAAAUCCUUCAUGCUUUACCACUCCCAGAAUACAUGGAUCCCGUUUCUGGCGUUCUAAACAUUGCUGCAGAAUUGCCAGAGGAAAUCAUGAAGCCUGAGCUUGGUCCGUGUGUCUAUAUCUCUUAUGGUAGUGGUGAGAAUAUUGUUCAGGCUGAUUCUGUGGCAAAAUUACGUUAUGAUUCAUAUGAUAUGGUUAAUAUUUUGGCACACACCACUGAUGUCCCUGUAUCUUCAGAACAGCUUAAUUAUAUAAGAAAGUUAAUGAAGAAACGCAAGGAACAAAAUGAAGUGAGCAAAGCAGCACCAAAUGAUGGGCAAAGUGUGGAAGAAGUAGGCUUACAUGAUAUGAUCACAGAAGAAAUGUGCUUACACAAGAAGGUUGCUAGAGUAUCUUGGUUUUCUGCUGCCAGUCACAAAGCACAAACAAGUCUCAAAAAUAGAGACUUGUUCCUUGAUGGGGAACAUGAUUCUGAUUCUGAUACUGAUACAGAUACUGAAGUCUCAAAAUUUUUCUUUGGGCCUGUUAAAAGCUGUAGGACAUCAGAAAAUAUGAAUUUCUGUGGGAAGAAUACAGAUGGUUCGGAUCAUUUUAGAAAGCAAGAAGUUGCUGAGUAUUGUGGUGCCCAGUGGGAUGUCUUUCGUAGACAAGACAUUCCAAAGCUUGUUGAAUACCUGAGAAGGCACUCUAAUGAGUUCACUCAUACAUAUGGCCUUCAAAAGCUUGUAGGUCAUCCAAUACUUGAUCAGAACUUCUUUCUUGAUACAACUCAUAAAAAGAGGCUUAAGGAGGAGUUCAAAAUCGAACCAUGGACUUUUGAGCAACAUGUUGGAGAAGCUGUCAUCAUUCCUGCUGGAUGCCCUUACCAAAUUAGGAAUCUUAAGUCAUGCGUUAAUGUUGUAUUGGACUUUGUCUCGCCUGAAAAUGUUACUGAAUGCAACCAGUUGAUUGAUGAAGUCCGUCUGCUUCCAGAGAACCAUAAUGCCAAAGUAGAUAGUCUAGAGGUGAAGAAAAUGACACUUCAUAGUAUUAGCAGAGCAAUCAAAGAAAUCCGUGAGCUUACAUGUGCAGAGACUAGUGCUGAUCUCAAUGAUCGACAGUGAAGACUGAUAAUUGAAAUGGAUCUGAUUUACUUGCAUCUGAGCCCCUCUUCUUACCAAGCUAUGGCAUGUAUGGAAUGCAGAAUUUAGAUAGAUCUGUCAUAUCAGCAGCAACAUAAAGCUAAUUUCUGCAGAUUAGAUAAAUGAUUGGCAUUUAUUCUCCUGCAACUUGUGAAUGUAAAUUGUUAAUAGUCUCUAGAAAUGGUAUACAUCUGAGUUUAGGAACACUGUUUCCCCACCCCUCUCAACGUUGAACGUUGGACAAAUACACUCACCCAUACAGUUGCAAUCCUCUUGAUUAGCCUUGUAACGAAAAUGAUAAUAAAUGAGGUUCGUACUUCCGACCA